GUAAAGCCUAGUGAUGUGAAGUUCUAUUUCAAAUUUUGGUUUACAAGAAAAGAUUCAUUCUCAUCAACACAAAGGAAAACUGCGGGAAAAUGACGCCGACAAAGGAGGGAGAUACUUCUACUCAAGAAACUACUGCUGAUGUAAAUGCAUAUUCGCUUGCCCAAAAUCGUGCAAGAAGGCAAAAGAAUGAGAAGAAAGGAAAGUUGUCUGCUUUUGAAAAGCUGCGGCAAGCGAAAGAAAAAGGACUUAAGAACAAAUAUGAGAUUGAGGAAGAGAAAAGUGUUUAUGAAGAAGUUGAUGAGGGCGAAUAUUCAGAGCUAGUUAGGCAGCGACAGGAGGAUGAUUGGAUUGUAGAUGAUGAUGGUGCAGGGUAUGUUGAAGAUGGUAGGGAAAUAUUUGAUGAUGAUAUGGAUGAUGAAGCCCCAUCAAAAUCAAAGGGGAAACAAGAAUCCAAGAAAAAAAAUAGGAACAUAGUCAGACCAGGAACCAAGCCUAAACAAGAUAUUGUGUCCAUGUUUGCUAAUGUUGCAGCCACUACUAAGAGAAAAUCUGAGAAAGACACAAGCAUUGUAAAAGAUGACAUUUUAGAUGAUCUCCUGGGACAACUAAACAAAAGUUCAUCCUCUAAGCCAGUGGUCAAGCUCGGCAAACCACAAGAAAAACUUCCAAAAAAACCUGCUCAUAACCCUUUCAAGACAAGUACACAAGUUACUCCUAAAUCUUCACCAAUUAUACAAAAGGCUAUCAAAAGGGAGCUGUCAUUUCCUAAAGAGGAUGUGCCAUUAAAAAAGAGUUAUGUUGCUGAGGUCAAAAUGGAAAUUGAAGAAGAGGAUAUUAUUGUUGGACAAGAUAUAGAAACUAUUCCAGAUGUGGAUUUGUCUGGCAUAGACUUUGAUGUUGAUUUCCCCGAAACCAAGCAGUCUCCAGUGAAAGUUAAAGGAGAAAUCGUAACUGUAAACCAUAAGCCUUUGAUCAGUGAGGAAUUAUUGAAUGUGGGCUGGGACAAUGUCACUGACCAAUCGGAAGCACCAGCUGACGUCCAAGUGGACUCAUCUCAGCUGCCAUUGGUGGAAAAUUCUGAGGGGGAACAAGUGUUGCGAUUCUAUUGGCUAGACGCUCAUGAAGAUUCUUUCCACCAACCUGGUGUUGUGUACCUGUUUGGUAAAGUCUUCAUAGAAUCUGCCAAGUCUUAUGUCAGCUGCUGUGUGGUAGUUAGGAACAUUGAGAGGAGACUUUUUAUUCUACCCAGGGUCAAGCGUGUAAAUCUGUCAACCAACCAAGAAUUGUCUGAAGAUAUCACAAUGCCAAUGGUGUAUGAAGAAUUCAACAAAAUUGCUGAGAAAAAUAAAAUUGAUCAAUUCAGAUCAAUGAAAGUGAGAAAAAACUACGCAUUUGAUAAACUGGAUGUUCCAGUGGAGGCAGAAUAUCUUGAAGUUCGUUAUGCUGCUGACUUACCUGCACUACCUUCGGACCUGAAAGGGGAGACGUUCAGCCAUGUGUUUGGCACAAAGACAUCCAGCUUAGAACAUUUAUUGUUGAAUCAAAAGAUGAAAGGCCCUGCAUGGCUGGAUUUAAAACGCCCACAAUUACCUAAAGUAGCGACCAGCUGGUGUAAAUUGGAGGCUGUGAUCAGCAGACCAGGGGAUGUAGUGGUCAGUAGCAUCAGUAGUCCACCUCCUCCACUGGUAGUGAUGUCUUUGAAAAUUCAGACUUGUGCUGCAGAUAAAAAGCAGAAUGAGAUAGUUGCAGUUGCUGCAUUGGUUCAUUACGACUUCUACAUGGACAGACCAGCCCCUAAGCCAUCUUUUCAGCAGCAUUUUUGUGUUAUUAGCAAGCCUAGUGAUGUUAUCUACCCUUAUGAUUUCAGAGAUCAGGUUAAAAAAGUGGGAAACAACAUGAAAAUAGAAAUAAUGACAGGAGAGAGAACUCUGCUUGCUUUCUUGUUGGCAAAAAUUCAAAAGAUUGAUCCAGACUUGAUUAUUGGUCAUGAUUUCUAUGGCUAUGACCUUGACCUCCUGUUACAUCGUAUUAGCGUCCACAAAGUUCCCCAGUGGUCUAAGAUCAGCAGACUCAAGAGAACGCAGAUGCCCAAAGCCUUGAAGAUGCAUGGAAGGACUACACUUGUAGACAGGUCCUCUCUAAGUGGGCGAAUGCUAUGUGAUAUACAAAUAUCUGCCAAGGAGUUGAUUCGUUGUCGCAGCUAUGACUUAACUGAGUUGACUGGGACAGUUCUGAAGAAAAACAGAGAGGUUGUAGAACUUGAGGAUGUCAAGGAUAUGUUCUUAUCAAGCCAGCAGCUUCUAAAGCUGAUAAAACUGUCUCUGAUGGAUUCUAACUUUAUCUUGGAUAUCAUGUAUGAGCUGAAUGUGAUUCCACUGGCUCUGCAGAUCACAAGUAUCUGUGGCAACAUCAUGGCUAGGACUUUGAUGGGUGGUAGAUCUGAGCGCAAUGAGUGGCUACUGCUUCAUGCGUUCCAUAUGAAGGAUUACAUAUGUCCAGAUAAGGAGUUCAAGAAAAAACAGGCACCUGUGAUUGUUGAUGAAGACAAUGAAGAGGACCAAGGGGCUUUAAAGAAGGCAGCAAAUGGUAGAAGAAAACCAGCAUAUACUGGCGGUUUAGUGUUGGAACCUAAAAAAGGAUUCUAUGACACUUACAUUCUUUUGUUGGAUUUCAACUCUCUGUACCCUUCAAUUAUACAAGAGUACAACAUCUGUUUUACAACUAUCUCCAGGACACCAGAUUCUCCAGGCGAAAAUAUAGAAGAUGACGAAACAAACCUAGUUCUUCCUGAUCCAGACCUAGAACCAGGUGUACUACCCACAGAGAUUAGGAAACUUGUUGAAAGCAGAAAACAGGUGAAAACUUUGAUGAAAGAACAGAACAUUACAUCAGAGCAGAUGAUGCAAUAUGACAUCAGACAAAAGGCCUUGAAGUUGACAGCCAACUCCAUGUAUGGGUGUCUUGGGUUCUCAUUCUCUCGGUUCUAUGCUAAACCCCUUGCUGCCCUCGUCACUGGUAAAGGAAGAGAAAUUUUAUUAAAAACAAAAGACCUGGUCCAAAGCAUGAAUCUGGACGUCAUAUAUGGAGAUACAGACUCUAUCAUGAUUAACACCAACAUCACUAGCUCAGAUAACACCACUAUAAAGGAGGUUUACAAAAUUGGCAACAAGGUGAAAAAUGAAGUGAACAAAUUGUAUCGGUUGCUGGAAAUAGACAUCGAUGGAGUUUUCAAAUCUAUGCUGCUUUUAAAAAAGAAAAAAUAUGCUGCCCUCACUGUUACUGUUGAGGCAGACGGGAAAGAGAAACUGACGCAGGAAAUGAAAGGGUUGGAUAUUGUUAGGAGAGAUUGGUGUGACUUAGCUAAAGACGCUGGAACGUUUGUUGUUGCUCAGAUAUUAUCUGGACAAUCAAGGGAAACUAUUGUGGACAAUAUUCAUAACUACUUACAGACCACUGGUGAGAAGGUACGCAAUGGGAAGCUGGAAACUCACCAGUACUACAUCACAAAGCAAUUGACGAAGAAUCCAGAAGAUUACCCUGACAAAAAAAGUCUUCCACAUGUACAAGUUGCUCUGAGAUACAACACCAAGAGUGCCAAGCAAUUGAGGCAGGGUGAUACAGUACCGUAUGUUAUUUGUGAGGAUGGUUCUACAUUGUCUGCAACACAACGAGCCUACCAUCCUGAAGAAUUAGCCAAGCAGGAAAACUUAAAACUUGACACUAAGUAUUAUCUGGCACAUCAGAUUCAUCCAGUAAUUGCCAGAUUGUGUGAUCCUAUUGAAGGAACUGACUCGGCUCGCAUUGCAGAAUGCCUUGGUUUAGAUCCAUCUGGCUACCGUCACACCAGUCGACAAGAGGAAGUGGAAGUUGAGGAUAUGGUCACAAUACAACUGACCACAGAGGAAAGAUUUCGUGACUGCGACCGCUUAGUUUUUCCUUGCCCUUCUCCCAAGUGUGGGCGGCUAGUUACUAUAGACUCUGUAUUUGUUGGAAGUGAUUCAAGUAUUGCUCCAUCCUUGUGGGCUUGUCCAAACCCUGAGUGCAAAACACAAUUAUGGAAGUCGAAGGUUCAGCUAAUGAACCUACUUCACCGUAAAAUACAACAACACGUCAACAAAUACUAUCAGGGCUGGCUGAAGUGUGAAGAUACUGGCUGUGGAGCAAGGACCAACAAACUACCUUUGAUUAUGCACCAAAACCACCCAGUGUGUCCUGUGUGUGACAGGGGUUACCUUCACGUUGAGUAUACAGACUCGGCCCUCUAUAAUCAGCUUUGUUUCUAUGAUUACAUUUUUGAUAUCCCCAAAGCCAUGACAUUCUUAAAUGAGGGAGAAAAACUUGCUGCUCGUAGAUUUCCUUCUGAGCUGAUUGAAGUGUAUAGAGAGAUAAAGAUAAAAACUUCACGUUGGUUGGAUAUGAGUGAUUAUUGCAAUGUUGAUCUCGGUAAACUAUUUCAAGGUCUCGGGCUGGCCAAAGUAAAAAUGGAAGCUGAAAUUUAAACCAAGUUACCAUCAAGGAUAUUUUUGAUUUUUAACUCUGAUUUUUACUUUUUUGGGCAUCUUUUUUCUGAAUAACAUUAUUUUUUAUCUCAUUCCAAUAUAUAUUAAUUAAAUUUUUAUUUGCCCAUUUAAAAUGUUUAAAAUGUAUAUUUUGUUGCAAAAUUUUCAAUUUUCUUUUGAUAUGUUUUGUGUAGUUAUAAUGAAUACACUCAUACAGUAUAAAAAAAAUAAUUUUUAAAGAAAAUUGUGAUACUAUGUUUCAUAUUUAAAUGGCUUGCUUGUAAUUAGUCCUGAGAGAUAAAAAAAAUUAAGCAUUUUUAGUUUUGCCAAUAUAUUUUUAAUUAAGUUUAACCAUUUACAUGUAAUAGUUUCUUAAGAUUUUUACCAUUUGCAUGUUGCGUUGUUCUGUGAUCACCAUAGGAGUGUCAGUGACUGAAUCAGCUGUUGAAAAUUGUAAUCAAUGCUUUGUUUAUAAUGUAUAUUUAUGGUCAAAGUU